AUGGGGGAGCCAGGGGAUAAACCCCCAGUACCUCCUUCUCGCUCCCACCGCGGCCCCGACCGGGUUCGCUGGCGGGACGACGAGGUGGACGUAGAAGGCUGUCGCCCAGAUGAUCCCACCGGCGGCCCGGGCCUGCGUCGCAAUCACUCGCAGAGCUCACUCUCGAUUCGCAGCGUCCGCUCCAACACCGGACCCGUGAGUCCGUCAACUGCUCUGCCGAUUCAGUACCGGACAAUUUCUAUCGACAUUGACGACUACAACCGCAAAGGCGAGGUCGCAAAGAAAGCCCAGAAAUCCGCCACUACUGAUCUUGCCGAUCUCGAAUGGCAUACUGUGUCAGUGGACGAGGCGGUCCGGCGCCUGUCCACGUCCGUAGACCAAGGGUUGUCCAGCGAGCAGGUCGAACGAAGGACGGUCAAGUACGGGAAAAACACGCCGUCCUCGCCCGAGAGCCACCGAAUCCAGCAGACCGUGGGAUACUUUUUCAAGGGGUUCGGAUCCGUGCUUCUCGUCGGCUCAAUCCUCGUCUUCGUCGCCUGGAAGCCGCUGGGGCAGCCGCCCGCCACGGCCAACCUCGCUCUGGCCAUCGUGUUGCUUGCAGUAUUCUUCAUCCAAGCCGCGUUCAACAUGUGGCAAGACUGGUCUUCGUCACGCGUCAUGGCGUCAAUCAAGACCAUGAUCCCGAACGAGUGCCUGGUUACUCGGGACAGCGCCCUGGUCUCGGCCAUGGCGGCCGACCUUGUCCCCGGCGACGUCAUCGUCAUAAAGGCCGGCAACAAGUUGCCAGCUGAUGUGAGAUUCGUUCAGGUGUCAUCUGAUGCAAAGUUUGAUCGCUCCGUUCUUACAGGUGAAUCUGUCCCAUUGGUGGCAACCGUCGAGGGCACAGACCAAAACUACCUUGAAACGAAGAACAUUGGCCUCCAAGGCACCCACUGCGCCUCGGGCACUUGCACCGGCGUCGUGGUCGCAACGGGAAACCGCACCGUCUUUGGUCGCAUCGCCACGCUGACAAACGAGCCCAAGACUGAAAUGACACCCUUGGAACGCGAAGUGCUCAACUUUGUCCUCGUCAUCUGCUCCAUUAUGUUCUCCAUGAUACUCUUGGUCAUCAUCCUUUGGGCGGCCUGGUUGAGAAGAAGCUACCCCAACUGGAUCAAUGUUCCGACUCUGAUAGUCUCGCUCGUGUCGGUUGCCGUGGCUUUCAUCCCCGAAGGCCUUCCGGUCGCCUUGACUGCCAGUCUCACGAUCAGUGCCAAUAUGAUGCGCAAGAACAAGGUCCUCUGCAAAUCUCUGAAGACGGUCGAGACUCUGGGUUGUGUGUCUGUCAUCUGCUCCGACAAGACUGGGACGCUCACAGAGAACAAAAUGCUUGUCACAGACUGCGCGAUUGGAGGCCGGCAGAUGAGUGCGGACGAAGCCCGUGACACCCUCGUAGCCGAUCGUACGGCUGAGGGAGGCAUGGCAAGCAACGCGCUCGACCAGCUCCGGAGUGUCUCUGGGCUGUGCAACGCGGGCGAGUUUGAUGCUACCACUAAGCAUUUGCCGCUCGCCCACCGCAAGAUCCACGGCGAUGCCACGGACCAAGCCAUCCUUCGCUUUUCGGAGAGCCUCGGCCCAGUCUCGCAGUUGAAGAACUGCUGGGCCACAAAGUUCGACCUGGCGUUCAACAGCAAGAACAAGUUCAUGAUCAGAGUUCUCGGCUAUACCAGCCCCGACGGGCUGAGCCUCGCUGUCCCCAAUGCCACUGCGGCCAUCUUUGAGCCUGGCGACAUGCUUCUCACCAUCAAGGGGGCCCCAGAGAUCUUGCUUGACCGAUGCACCAACUACACAGACACUUCGGGCGUGGCGUUGAGCUUGACGGCCGCGGCGCGACAGACCAUGGACAAGAUCAAGAACGAGUGGUCUGCCCAAGGACGCCGGGUUCUGCUUCUUGCCCACAAGACAAUCUCAAAGUCGUCGAUUACGUGUUCGCCGUCGUCAGCUGCCUUUGAGGACUGCAUGCUGGAGCAAGCAAGGGGUGGGCUGACCCUCGUCGGCAUGGUGGCGAUUGCCGACCCACCGCGCCAGGAGAUUCCGGAGGUCAUCAGGACGCUGCGCAGAGCCGGAAUCCGCAUUUUCAUGGUUACGGGGGAUUUCGCCCUCACGGCCCAGGCCAUCGCCAGAGACUGCGGCAUCAUCACCCACCCAAACAGCGCCGUCGACAGCGUGGCGGCGCUAUCCAGGGAGCCGAUGGCAAAAGAGCGGAAAAAGGGCCACCACACGCCCGAAGAGGAAGAGUCGACCGGGUCAACGUCCAUCGUGCUGACCGGGUCCGACCUCAUGUCGAUGAACGACGCGCAGUGGGACUGGCUGGUGGCGGCGUACACGGAGGUGGUGUUUGCGCGCACGACACCGGAGCAGAAGCUGCGCAUCGUGCGCGAGCUGCAGGCGCGCGGCCACGUGGUCGGCAUGACGGGCGACGGCGUUAACGACGCGCCGGCGCUGCGGGCCGCCGACAUCGGCAUCGGGGUGGGCAGCGGCAGCGACAUCGCCGUCGAGGCCGCCGACAUGGUCCUGCUCGACUCGUUUUCGAGCAUGGUCGAGGCCCUGCGCUUCGGCCGCAUGAUGUUUGACAACCUCAAGAAGACCAUCGCCUACCUGCUCCCCGCCGGCAGCUUCAGCGAGUUCUGGCCCGUGCUGACCAACGUCGUGUUCGGCGUGCCCCAGAUCCUGAGCAGCUUUCUCAUGAUCAUCAUCUGUUGCUUUACCGAUUGCCUGGCGGCGACGGCGCUGGCGUACGAAACGCCCGAGGCCGACGUGCUCCUGCGGCCGCCGCGCAAGAUUGGCGUCGACCGGCUUGUGGACUGGAAGCUUAUCGUGCAGAGCUACGGCGUGGUGGGCGUGCUCGAGACGGUGGCGUCAUUCGCCAUGGCGUACUGGUACCUCGAGCGCAACGGCAUCGCCUUCAGCGACAUCUGGUUCUCGUUUGGCAACCUGCCCGACACCAUCGACCCGGACUAUUACGCCCAGAAGCUGAACGAGGCCAGCUCCGUCUACUUUGUGACGCUCGUGGUGAUGCAAUGGUUCAAUCUCUUGGCCGUGCGCACCCGCCGCCUGUCCAUCUUCCAGCACCCGCCGCUGUUCAAGGAGACGAGAAACUACUACCUGUUCCCGGCCAUCCUGUUCGCGCUCGGCAUGGCCUUCUUCUGGCUGUACAUCCCGGCGCUGCAGACGGUGCUGGGCACAGCGCCCGUGCCGGUCGAGCACUGGUUCCUGCCCAUGGCGUUCGGCCUGGGCCUCCUCGUGCUGGACGAGGGCCGCAAGUUCCUUGUCAGAACCCGGCCAAAGGGCUUCUUUGCCCGGGUGGCCUGGUGA